UGUGGUUUCCCCCAAGCUCGUUACUGAAAAGCUUCCCUUUGCACCGCCUCGGGCGACCUGAUUCAGGUACAGCCCAGGUUGGGAGCCCUAUAAACGCUGCAGAGGCGGCCAGAGAGCAGGACAAAGGACGAGCAAAGCUUGCCCUAGAAGCGUCUGCAGCUGAGCAUCCCCACCAAAGAAGGCACCGAGCAGGGCAGGUCGCUCUGCCUGGCCAGGUGCCUCAUGGACGUCCUACUGCCCGUUGCUUUCCUGCUGGCUGCUUGGAGCUUCCCCUCUUCCUCCUCCUCCUCCUCCUCUUUCCCCCACUACCUGUCCCAGCUGAGCUCCAGGCGCAGCAGCUGCAAGCCUGUGCCGAGCAGCUUGAGCCUGUGCCACGGGGUCGGCUACAGCGAGAUGCGGCUGCCGAACCUGCUGGGCCAUGACACCAUGAAGGAGGCACUGCAGCAGGCGGCCUCCUGGGUGCCCCUGCUGAACAAGCAGUGCCACCGCGACACCAAGAAGUUCCUCUGCUCCCUCUUCGCCCCCGUGUGCAUCAGCGGGGUGGAAGAGCCCAUCUUCCCUUGCAGGUCCCUCUGCGAGGACGUCCGGGACGGCUGCUCGCCUGUCAUGGCCGCCUUCGGCUUCCCCUGGCCGGAGAUGCUGAACUGCAGCCGCUUCCCGCACGGGAACGAACUCUGCAUCCCUCCUGCCGGACCUGAGGACAGGCAGCCACGCCCGAAAGAAGAUGUGGUGUGCGCAGCCUGCCUCGACAGAGGACAUCACGAGAAGGAAUUCAUGGAAAACUUCUGCAGCCAGGAUUUUGCACUGAAAAUGAGCAUCCGAUCCCUGACCGGCGUGGAAGGAGACCUGAAGGUGGUCCCAGAAACCAGGGGCCGCACGUUGUACAGACAGGACAGCUGGUCGGAGGAGGAGCUGAAGAGGCCCGUUCUGUGGCUGGCGGACGGAGACACCUGCUCCUGCAAGGAGCUGGCGGGGCCGGGGCCGGUGGUUCUGGCCAUGGGGCACCGGGUGGCCGGCCGGCUGGUCAUCUCAUGGGUCAGGAAGUGGCGGCACGGGGAGAAGGAAAUGAAGAGGUUCUCCCGGGCCGUGCGGAAGCUGCGGUGCUAGAGGGCACGGCCCUUCCCGCCACCACCCACUGCUGACUUUCCAGUUUCAGACCAAGAACUUUCGGUACUUUCCUCCUGGCUCUGCAUUCACCGAGGUUGCCCACGUAGCCUGAUCUCAACCGGUCUCAGAAGCUAAGCAAGGUCAGCCCUGGUUUACUCCUUGGAUGGGAGACCAUCAAGGCGCUACGCAGAGGCAGGCAAUGGCAAAACCACCUCUGAACCUCUUUCCUUGAAAACCCUACAGGGACACCCAGUAAGGUCAUAACACAGGGAAGAAAGACUCCUCCCUCCCUCCCUCCCUCCCUCCCACCCUCCCUUCCUGCCUUCCUCCCUCCCUCCCUCCCUUCCUCCCUCCCUCCCUGCCUCCCUCCCUGCCUUCCUCCCUCCCUCCCUCCCUCCCUC